AUGUCUAAGACUGCUUUUAUUAUAAUUGAUAUUCAAAACGAUUACUUUGAGGGAGGAAAAUUUCCCUUGGUGGGGAUUAAUGAGGCUGCUGAGAAUGUCGCUACUCUUUUGCAUCGGAUUAGGAAAGCGAAAGAUGAAUACCUCAUUAUUAAUAUUCGUCAUGAGUUCCCUGGUGAUCCGAAAGAUGCCCCUUUUUUUGGAAGAGGUACUGAGGGUUCUCAGAUUAACGACAAAGUUAAGAACCUACCUGGUGAAAUUGUUCUCACUAAAAACGAACCCAAUUCUUUUAUCGGGACUAAUUUAGAGCUGAUUUUGGAAGAGAAAAAAAUCAGCAACCUCAUUGUUGUGGGUGCAAUGGCACAUAUUUGUGUUCAAGGUACCGUUAGAGCUGCUUCUGAAAAAGGUUAUAAGGUCACUGUGAUAUCUGACGCUGUAGCUACAAGAGAUUUAACGUUCGGUAAUAUUACUGUGCCUGCCAAGCAAGUAUCUGCUGUAGUAUAUGCAACAUUGGCUUUUGCUUACUCUAAGCUUAUUACAACAGAGGAGCAGAUAAGGCUCUUGAAAUGA